AUGGCCGAGGCCCUUCUGGGCCUGGCGCCCUCGUCUUACGGCGACGCGCUGAGCGACAAGUUCUCGAUCGCGAAACCCGAAGACCUCCCCGCACAGCUUCAACAAGACCUUGAGACGAAGAGAACACCCACGCGAUGUGAGCACGUCUCCGUGACAUUGGACGUCCCCUCGACUGUCGAGUUUGCGAUCCGCGAGAGCGAUGGCGACGCCCAGGAAAACAUCGACCCGGCCCUGAGCGGCUUCCGCUCCCAGACUGUCGAAGGUCAGCAGGUCAAGGUCGUGCGCGCGUACGAUGCCAUUAUCCAGCAGCCGCACGACAAUCCAGCGAUGCAGCGAGCAGUGGCCAAGCAUAUCGUCGCCUUGCUGUCGACAGUGGACGAGAGUAAUUGGGUGGUCAGAGAGGUGUCGCGAGGUCCAUAUGGAUGGACAUUCACGUAUAUGUGCAAGGAUUCGAUGGCCAUGUGGAAUCGCCAAAAGGGAAAGACCGCAUCCAAGUCGCUCAUAGGAGAGUACAGCCAACAGGAGCUCGAUCCUGUUAUCUCAGGCCGCCCAGCUUUCGACUGCCGAGGCACACUGACCAUCGCGUUUUCCAAGAACUCGCGAACGAUCAACGUCAAGUACGAGCAUUCGCCGCUGCACAAGACCGUUGGGGAGAUGAUUGAGCAUUUCCGACCACUACCCCCGGCACCGCCUCCUGUACCUUUGAUCCCCGCAGGAGACAAGAAGAAGACCCCCAGAAACCGGAAGGUUGAGUACAACGAAGAUGGAACACCCAAGGAGCCAAAGAGAAAGCGAAAGUCGGCGGCCGUCAACGAGGACGGCACUCCUGCGCAGCCAAAGAAGAAGAGGAAGAAGAAGUCAGACGCAAACGCCGCCGAGGCGUCCGCGGACGGCGCGGGUGCAGCGGAUUCAACGGUUAUGACCAAGGCAGAUGCUGCAGUGCAAAGCAACCUCCACUCCCAGGCAAAUCUCAACGUGCCACCGGCUGAAGCGGCUAGGCGCCGUGAGGUGGCCAUCAGAAUGUUGAGCGACAACGGAGUGGACCCGGAGACUCUGUCCACGGAGCAAUUUAGCAUCUUCGCCAACCAAUCUCCAGACCUCCAGAAGGAAUCUCUAUCUAUGCUCGUCAAGUACGGCGCAGAGAGGUUACGGAUUGUGCACCCGAAUGACGCCGCUGCGUCUUCGUCAACGAGCGCCUCAUCAACCCCGCCGCAGCCAGCAGUUCUCGAGGAACCCGCAGCCUCUUCAGAGUCCGAAACCCCGACCGAGGCGAAGAAGAAGGCGUCACGGAAAUCGAAGUCAACCACGGAAUUGGAAGAGGAGUUAGUCCCAGCCCCUGAAGGCACUCCGAUGAAGAUGAUCUCCAGAGGCUCUUGCAUUGGUUGCAGAAUCGGCAAGCUUAAGUGUGAUCGAACAAAGCCUACUUGCGAUGUGUGCGAAGAGGAAGGGCGUGACUGCCAGUACCCGCUGGUCAAGAGUGCUGCCACGAAGAAGAAAUCUACACUCACGGCCGUUCAAGUUGUUAGUGACGACGAGGACGACGCGGAGGCUGACGCAGAGCCCGAGCCAGAGCCUGUUCCAGAACCACAAGAAGAGCCAGAGCCUGACGACAUCGAGACUAUCGACUACACAUCAAACAUGCCCGUCGCUAAUAUGUUGACUCCCGCAGCCGACACAUCAACCCAGGACUACUUCAAUUCGGGACCGAGCGAUCUCACGUAUGGCCAAGGCUCUUCAAACGACAUGGGCCUGUCUCAUGCCGUAAACACUUAUCCGGAGCCAUCAGCCACGGUCUCUUUUACGGAUCAGCACGCAAUCACUUCGUCCUAUACGCAACCUGCGCUGACACAGACUGCGAACUACACUCAGCCGACUAUGGACACCACAUCAUAUACCCAGCCAGCCGUCGCUGAGACCCUACGCGCAGAACUGGGCGACAUCGCCGCCAAAGGCGCCAGCAAAUACUGUGUCUCCAACGACGACUACCAGGCAACAGCCCCGCUCAAGCUCAAGGAGGUCUACACAGACCCCAGUUCAAGCCGCUACUCAGCAGUCCAGCUUCAAUACUACGCAGCAGACGGCAGCUCAUGCCGCUAUUCAGCAGCAGCAGCAACAGCACCGCCCAUCUCCAACUCCGCAAGUCGCGCAGCACCUGUCCAAACAGCUCGAGCUAAGAGCCGAGCGGGACAUAGAGCGUCAACGCGGACUCCUGUUAACACCGAUCCGCGACCAACUCCGUCUCAUCACACGGUGCAGCAGUCCACCACUGUCGAUACUCAGCCUAUGGGCAACGUGUCUGGCUACAGCAAUUACAACACCAAAUACUCGGCUACGAGCAAUAACAAUGCAGCCUCUGACACGAGGCUCGCAUACGAGCCUUACACGGCACAAACAACGUCGGCGACCACAUCCACCUACACUUCGUACGACAACACGUACGAUCGAAGCAGCACAGCCCAAAAUACGAACAUUGCGUAUACGCCGACCAACAAUUCUCGUUCUAGCCAGUACCAGACCCGCAGCUCCCAGUCUUACAACAAUACAACUCCGGCCGCCUCCUCUUAUUCGCAGACACCGACCACGACCCAGCAACAAACCGCGUCCUUGCAGUCGUUUAACAUGCGUGCUUCAGCAGCUGGUACUCACACUCGGUCGUCGUCAAAUAAACACCAACAGCAGCAGCAGCAGCAGCAAUCACAACAGCAACAGCCGCAGCAGACGCAAUCUUACGGCUCUUACUCGUCGCAGACGCAACAACAGUCGGCUCAGCCGGACCAGCACAGUUGGUACGGCUUUGGUUCAAGCACAACGUCAUCCACGCCGGCCAAUGCAGCAGGAGGAUACGGCACUAGAAGCAGCACGUCCAACAGCUACGGAAGCGGGACUGCUAAUGCCAGUCAGGCAUACCAGCAGCAGCAGCAUUACGGAGGGCUCAACAUGUCGGGCCACAAUUACACGGGAACCGACAACGAGAUGUACGAGUUGCUUAAGCUGCACAAGUCUGGUCGUUAG